AUGAACGCUGAAGAGAAAGUUCUCCCCAUCGGGCUAGAUUUUGCUGUCAAAAUAGUGGCAAGGCUUACAGUGUUCACCACUAUGCACAAACUGGACAGCAACACCCAGGUUGUUGCAGUUAAGCAUCGCUGGGAUGUACACGGCAAACGAGUUCCAAUGGCGUCUGCGGAAUGCUAUCACCCUCUGGAACUGAGGAACACCGAAGCCGGGGACACAAGUCAUGACUCUGGGGCUCAGUUGACAGCGAAGGGCGGCGCCGCGCACUGGAGCCGCAAGCCUUCAGCACCGAGGACAGCUCCUGUGUUCAGCGGCGAGCGGGAGCAAGAGACCUCGUUCAGUUCCCGGGCUGACCCUUUCAACACCAACCCUUGCACCCCACCGGCCGCCACCGGCAGAGGACACGGCCCCCCGGGCGGGGCAGGAGCUGGUUCCACCCAGGGCACCCGGGAGAGAGCCCAGGAGACAUCGCCCCGCUCCGAGGAGGAGUUGGAAUCGGACGGGGGUGUCCAAUCGGCUGAUUAUGGAUUCACGGUGGCGCUCGUGUUCCUGGUGGCCGGAAUCAUCCUGGUGGUUAUCGCUUAUGCCAUCCCGAGGGAAUCUAAGGUGGAUCCGGACACGGUGACAGCCCGGGAAAUGGAGAGGCUGGAAUUGCAUUAUGCCUUGUUGGGCUCUCAUUUGGACAAAUGCAUCAUCGCCGGCCUGGGGCUGCUGACACUGGGGGGGAUGCUACUCUCCUUGCUGCUCAUGGUCUCUAUCUGCAAAGGUGAGCUGUACGGGAGAAGGAACCUCAUGGUCACUGGCAGAGCUAGAAAAACCUACGGGUCCAUAAACCUGAGAAUGAGGCCAGCAGAUGGCGAGGGGCAUCAGUCCCUGGUGGAGUCUGAGGUUAUGCAACUCUCCGAGAACCUCAGCCAGAGCGGCUCCUGA